UAAUGUUAAUUUGCAUAAAUUUCCAGUUCAAAUGACUUUGAGCAACUUUAAAUUAAAGCUGCUGCUCUUUUGCUUCGUGGCAGAGCUGCAAGCAGCUGAAUGGAUUGGCGCUUAUAGCGAUGCAAAGCAUCCAGGUAAAUGUGUAAUGUCAGCUGACGUUAUACUAAAUGUGGGCGUAAGCAUUAAAGAUCCAACGCAUGCGUGCAGGCAAAUUCUUUGUGGCUUAAAUGGUUUAGUUAAGUUUCAUAGCUGCGGCAAAAGCAUCGCACCCCGCGGCUGUACCUUGGGUAAUUAUUUAGACAGCGGUCAGCCUUAUCCACAAUGCUGUGAGCGUGAGCUGCGCUGCAAAUACAAAAAGUACGAGCCAAGCAGUCUUAACUUGUAGUGUCAAACAAUUAGUUGAAAUACACU